CGCCGGCCGGAGCGCAUUUCACUACUACGUUUUAAAAAAACAUUUGAGGUCUUGUACUUCAAAGCGUAAAGAUGGCCCCCAACAAGAAGUCUAAGAAGGGUUCCGACAACAUCAACUCCAGGCUCGCCCUGGUGAUGAAGUCCGGUAAGGUCACCCUCGGCGCUAAGUCUACCAUGAAGACUCUGCGUUCUGGCAAGGCCAAGCUGGUCAUCAUCGCUGCCAACACCCCCCUCUCCGCAAGUCGGAGCUCGAGUACUACGCUAUGCUGGCCAAGACUCCUGUCCACCACUUCUCCGGCAACAACAUUGAGCUUGGUACCGCCUGCGGUAAGCUGUUCCGUUGCGCCACCAUGGCCAUCCUCGAUGCCGGUGACUCCGAUAUCCUCACUGGCACCCAGUAAAUGGGCAGACUUUGUGAUGCGGAGUGGGGGAGGCGGAUGCCUGUGAAUGUCGUUGGAAUGGCGUGUGGUGAAUGCCCGCGGAGGAAUUGCGGCCCAUCCCCCACAUUGCUGGGUCCGCCGAUAGAUUCUGGAGGAUUUGUUUUCUCUCUCUUCAACUUUGUCAGUCCAGUGCGUGUUCCCGUCUGGCGUGGGGGUCAUGCACUGAGUCAACGAAGCUGAGGAGAGAUACAAUAAAGCCUCCAGAACCCGUCGGCGGACCCAGCAAUGUGGGUGGCCAGCUGGAGACAGCAAACCCCAGACAGAGCAGGCAGUGCUAUGGACGAUUAUCGCCUCAAUCGCGCAUUUGCAGGGAAUCAGCGAGCAAAUGUGUUUCUGCAUUGGGUGUGACUGUCAUGAAGAGGUUCCAUGGAGGGGUUUGUUGUUUAGAUUAACUAUGAGAUCUCCAAGAAACCGCCCACCAACGGGCAUUUACCGAUCCA